AUGGCAUCGUCGUGGAGACUCUGCCCGAGGACCUUGUUGCUGUUCACGUCCGCCGUCCACGCCGCGUCCCCAGUCAGAGCGUCAACAUCCUGCCGCGCCGCGAUGCCGUCGUCGUACUAUCGCAAAGAUGGAGUGAAGAUCACGCACGACCCGUACGCGCCGGGGAUGGCCGCAAAAUACGGCGCACCUGGCAAGACCGACGCGGACGGCUUCGACCCGUACGCGGACAGCGUCGGGGCGGGCAUCUACAGCGGCACGGUGCAGCGCGCGGCGGACGGCAGCGUCGUGAUCGGGAGGCAGUACCAAGGCCACAACCCGCGGCCGGGGCCGGUGUACAGCGGCGGAGGUUACACGCCCAUCUCGGAGGCUAUAUCCAGAUUCCACGCCGAGAUGAGGUCGGGCGCGGCGGAGACGGAUACGACGCUCGCGAAGCUCCUCGACGCGCACCCCGACCUCGUCAACGACGUCGCCACCGGAGGGGCGUCGCCUCUGCACACGUGCGGGAUGUCGCGGUCCAAUCAGCACGCCACCGCCUUCCUCAUCGCCCGCGGAGCCGAUUUGGCGGCGAUGGAUACUUACGGCUACACCCCGUUGGACCGGAUGGCGUCCAACAAUCUGGCCGUCGGCGCCGCGGCGUUGCUCGCGUUCGGCGCGGAACCCGACGCGCACGGGCCUCCUUUCGAUGUCGCCAUGGACGCCGAGGCGAAGGAUGUCCUCGCGGUGCUCGAGAAGUACGAGGAGCGCGUGACCGACAAGCCGGUCACCAAAAUCGUCGUGUAUUCCGAAGUCGAGCCAGCCGUGGCCGGGACGUACACGCGCAGACCCGCGUCAGAAAUUCCGGAGGGAUUCAGGGACGUGUGCGUGGAUAACGGGUGGGACGUGGAUGCCACGUGGCGGAAGCUCAACGGCGGCGGCGAGGACGGCGCGUGGUUCAAGAAGGACGCCGACACGAGCUACAUCUACUUCAACAAAUCGGACCAAAAUUG